AUGGCUAGAAACGAAGGAGAUUACAUGUUGGUUGAUCACAGGCAUAAGAUAAAUUACUACAAAACAACGAUAGUUCGUGUAUCAGCUCCUUUUGUUGAUAGGAUCGAUCCUUUUAAUUUUGUGACUUUCCACGAUUUAACUGCCAUAAAUUUUGACACUCGUGUUGCAUUUGAUUUUAUAGGUAAAGUUGUUUCUACUGAUCCCAUUAGACAGAUCAUGGACAAAGGAAGUGAAAAAAGUGGUAAGAAAAUUCAACUUGCUUUGUGGGAUGGUUUUGCAUUGAAGUUGAACAGCUACAUAUCGGAACAUCAAAAUGAUAAUGCCCCCGUUAUCAUCCUCCUACGUCAGCCUCAAGUCGGUAACUGUUUGUUUGAGUCGAGAUUGCAUAUCAAUGAUCAUAUGCCUCACAUUUCAGAAAUCAAAAAAGUUACUGCUGAUAUGGAUUUUAAUGUUGAGUCAUCCAUUAAUACUUCACAACUUAAUACCGAUAUUGUUGUGGCCAAGGCAGAAGAUUACUACCUCCGUUUUCCAAUCAAGAACAUCGAUGAUAUUCCAGAUUACAAUGAGGAAAAAUGUUUGUCCAUCAUUGCUACUACCAUCGGUUUUGAUUUAGACGAACGUUGGGUGAGGGUCGUAAUUCGUGUUAAAUAUGAAAUUGGGUCUCAUCUUUUGUAUUGUUUGACCCUCAUGUUCAAGAUGUUAUUAACCGCGGUAAUCGGUGGUUGA